CUCUUAGCGGUGCCGGGGUGGUUGCCUUCCAUGACCAUCUUUGUUAACUGGUGCAGUCUUUGCUCUUCAAUGGAGAAACUGAGAAAAGCCGUGAAUGAAAUGGCGUAUACUCAACACCACGCUAAGCUCUCUCAUCUUCAACUCUCUCUAAUCCCCGUCCUCUUCUUCGCUUCCUCUCUCUACAAGGCCGCUCUCUCUCUCCGCCGCGCUCUCUACCAUUCCGGCCUCUUAAGAAAGCACCGGUUGCCGGUGCCGGUGAUCAGUGUUGGCAAUUUGACAUGGGGAGGCAAUGGGAAAACUCCAAUGGUGGAGUUCAUUGCGAACUAUUUAGCUGAUUCAGGGAUUUCACCUCUCAUUCUGACCAGGGGUUAUGCUGGUGGGGAUGAGGCCAAGAUGCUUCAUAGGCAUUUCCUUGGAAGGCCUGUUAAGAUCGGUGUGGGUGCAAAGCGAGCAGCUGUUGCUGCUAGUUUUUUCGAAAGAUAUGGUCAUGUUGAACCUAGCUCUAGUAAACUCUGCCAUGGUCAGAAAGUGGGGAGUCAUCUUAGUUCAGAAAAGAUUGGCACUGUAAUUCUUGAUGAUGGAAUGCAGCACUGGAGCUUGCAGCGGAAUCUGGAGAUUGUUAUGAUUAAUGGAUUAACAUUAUGGGGCAACUGUCACUCAAUCCCACGUGGACCGUUGAGGGAACCUCUCAGUGCACUUAAACGGGCAGAUGUUGUUGUACUCCAUCACGCAGAUUUGGUUCCAGAACAAAAUCUCAAAGAUACUGACUUAAUGCUAAGAGAAGUUAACAAGUCUGUUCCUGUUUUCUUCACAAAAAUGGAUCCUUGCUAUUUCUUCGACGUGGGAAAUGCCACCUCUAGAAAACAUGUAGGAGAUUUGUCUAACACUAUUGUAUUAUGUGUUACUGCCAUUGGUUCUGCAAAUGCAUUUGCAAAGGGAAUAGAGAAGAUUGGAGCAUUUUAUGUUGAUCGACUUGAAUUCAGUGACCACCACAAAUUUCUGGCAAAGGAUAUUGAGAUGAUCAAAAGGAGGCUACGAGAACUGGAGGACAGGUUUAGUUCCAAGCCGGUUGUUAUAGUAACAGAAAAGGAUUAUGAUCGAGACCCAUAUAUUUUCAAGCACUUGGAUCCUUUUGAAGUUCUGGCACUCUGCUCUGAAUUGAAGAUCAUACCUAACAGAGGAUGCACUGAAGAAAGCUUCAAAAAGUUGUUGAAGGAGGUUUGCACAUGAAUUAAACAUGUGAACUCAAGUUGAGGGCGUCUAAGUCACAAAUACUGGCAAACCUAACAAGAAUGCAGAGAAACAUGGUUGGUAAGUCAAUCUGGUAUUAAAUGGAUAUCCCUAUCAAUUCUUUGGCCUUGUUGUUAAUAGUCUAACAUUAUUACCAAUGCUUUUUGGUUUAAUAGUGGUGCAAUAUCUUUCUAUAACAUUAGAAACUUAGAACAUUGAUGAUUUGAUAUUCGAGGGAGGCUUACUUUGAGGAUUUAUGAAAGUCAGAAAGGGAUGUACAUUUUUUUAUUCAAACAGAAAAGGAGUAAAUGCUUGACAUACAUUUGUGUA